AUGGCUUCACCACGUACCAGCUCAAAAAGACAAUGUCCUGGCGAAGGCUCAUCACACAAUGUGGACAAUGAAGUCGGGCUAUGGAUGGAUAUGCUACCGCCAAACGUCCUAGAACAACUCGAGCUACGUUCUACCAAAGACAUGUCGAGGCCCCAUCGAGAGAGCAUUGAUGGACUCAAUGCAGAACAGUUCCACGACAAAUGCUCUGAAAAGUUGCUCCAGGCUGUAGACAUCUUGACUGAAGCCAUCAUCAUGCACAAUUCUCUUUCAGCAAAUGCUGGCCCAUCUGUCCCCGUCGCCCAUCCAGCAGCUGAUAUUGACCGCGCCUCCGAAAACCAAUUAGAUGAUGAUGCAAAAAAGAAAGAAAACAUGGAAUACUCCUCAUCUAUCUGUCAUCAGGCUGGGGAGAAUAUAUGGGACAUCGAGAACACAUUGGAUGAAAGUUCGGCUUUGACUCCUGAGUCCCUCGAAUACGUGGCUGGAUCAAAUUUCAAUAUUUGGUUGGAAUUGAACGACUUAGAUCUCGAAAGUCCUUCAUCAUUGGAUUUAUAUGAUGUCGAAGAAGCUGCUUCCUGA